UUUCUUUGUCAACAGGAAGUUCGAAAUGACAUAAAAAAAAUCAAGAUGCGAAUAUUUUUAUGACAAAUUGAAAGCACCUGUACAAGGAAGAAUAUUUAGUUCCAACCAGAAGGAUAUUUGGAUCCUAUUACUAUGGCUGGGGGAAAAGAAGAGAUGGAGAAAGUAACAGAACUCCAUAUUGAAGGCAUGACCUGUAAAUCAUGUGUCGGAAAAAUCCAGGACCACAUUACCCAGGAGCCAGGGGUCCUAAGUGUACAGGUAUUUCUGGAGGAGAAGGAGGCGAAGGUCACCUACAGCCCCACUGAGACCUCCCCACCCAUACUGGCUGAAAAAAUCUCCGACCUGGGAUACCCCUCAAAGGUCAAGUUAGUACACCCAGUCAGGGGGGACAACUGCCAAGAUGCAAUCAUCAAUGUAGAGGGCAUGACCUGUCAGUCAUGUGUCAAAUCCAUAGAAUCCAAGAUAUCCGAGGUCAGUGGGGUACUGGGGAUAACAGUAUCAUUAGAGAAAAAUCAGGCCUAUGUCCAGUUCAACCCAGGCAAGAUAUCAGCUGAGAAAAUAGUGGAAUCCAUUGAUGACAUGGGGUUUGGUGCCUCUAUCCAUUCUCUCACUAGAGACAAGGGUCUUACUACCAGGAUCGGGGUCGAGGGGAUGACAUGCCAGUCCUGUGUGCACUCCAUAGAAACAUCUAUGGGUGAGAAACCGGGGGUGAGAGAUAUAAAGGUGUCACUCACUGAUAAAGAGGCGGUCAUAGUGUAUGAUCCCACCCUCACAAACCCGGGAGAACUAAGGGAACAGAUAGAUGACAUGGGGUUCGAGGCCACUCUGGUAAAGGAGUCGUCCAUCGACAGCGAGUUUGAUCGGCUUGCUUCACGUCAGUCCUCCACCAGAUCAGUCCCAAGUGAACAAGUCUGUCAGAUCUCUGUCAUUGGAAUGACCUGUCAAUCAUGUGUCAAAAAUAUCGAGUCCAACAUCUCAUCUAAAGCUGGGAUCAAUGCCAUAUCUGUAUCACUUGAGAAAGAAAUGGCCACAGUUACUUACAAUGUCAUGGUUACAAAUCCUAAAGCCAUAGCCGGGAUGAUCGAUGACAUGGGAUUUGAAGCUUCUGUUCAGGGUUCGGAUACAGAGAAUGCUGUGGAUACUGUGGUGCUGGGAGUGGGUGGUAUGACCUGUCACUCUUGUGUAAAGAGCAUUGAAGACCACAUUUCCCAGAAUCCUGCUGUGAAGUCCAUCAAGGUAUCUCUUUCUGAUCAGAAUGCCACCAUAGAGUAUUACCCAAACAGAGGUACCCCAGAAACACUGAGAGAAGCUAUCGAUGAUAUGGGAUUUGAUGCAUCUCUUCCAACAGGUAACAUUGAUGUGAAGGUGGUGCAGCCAAACAAGAAGGGUUCAGGCAAACAGAACAGCUCCCACCACAGCAGUGUGAAGGUAGACAUGGACAAGGGAUCAGUCACGUUUAACAAGGACAAUCCUGAUGAUGACCUAGAAAAGUGUUUCCUGCGAGUCUCAGGGAUGACCUGUGCUUCUUGUGUGGCCACCAUUGAGAAGAAUCUCCUGAAAGUAGAGGGUAUACACAGCUGCUUAGUGGCACUGAUGGCUCAGAAAGCCGAAGUGAAGUAUGACCCUGCCUAUCUUCUACCUUCCCAGAUUGCAGCCAAAAUCUCCAGUUUGGGGUUUGAGGCCACUGUUCUUGAAAAUGAAGGAUUUGGUCAAGGGGUUGUAGAACUUCUGAUAACAGGAAUGACCUGUUCAUCGUGUGUCCACAUGAUUGAGUCGUCUGUUCUUAAGAAGCCUGGAGUACUCACAGCUUCCGUGGCCCUGUCUACAUGUAAAGGAAAGUUCACUUAUAAACCAGAGGUCACAGGGCCUAGGGCAAUCAUUGAGACAAUCAAGUCUUUAGGAUAUGAGGCUGAAUUGUUCACAGAUGAUAAUGAUGCUGCUCGAUAUGAUCACAGAGAUGACAUCAAAAGAUGGAGAGCCUCGUUCCUAUGGUCCCUGAUCUUUGGCGUGCCCUCUCUAGUGAUCAUGAUGUACUUCAUGUUUGCCUCACCCCCAGACAAGACCCCCCAGGUCACUAACACUACAGGGAAUACCACCACCGUAACACCGGUAUCACAUGACGGCCACUACCAGAUCAUGAUUCUGCCAGGUCUUUCUCUAGAGAACCUGCUGAUGUUUAUAUUGGCCACACCGGUACAGUUUAUUGGAGGAAGAUACUUCUACAUACAAGCUUUUAAGGCUGUUAGACAUGGAGCUGCAAACAUGGACGUAUUGGUAGUCUUGGCAACCACUAUAUCCUAUGUUUACUCCUGUAUUGUGGUCAUUGUUGCUAUGGUGAUGGUGGAGAAAAUGAGCCCUGUGACCUUCUUUGAGACGACCCCCAUGUUGAUGGUCUUCAUUUCACUGGGACGCUGGCUAGAACAUGUCGCCAAGGGUAAGACGUCUGAAGCUCUGGCUAAGCUGAUGUCUCUACAGGCCUCUGAGGCUGUGCUGGUGGAAAUUGACAAGGAAUUCAACAUUCUGAAUGAACAAACAAUAAGUGUAGAUUUAGUACAGAGAGGUGAUGUUCUCAAGGUUGUUCCCGGUGAAAAGAUCCCAGUGGAUGCUAAAAUAAUAGAAGGACACACAACUUGUGACGAGUCUCUCAUCACAGGAGAAUCUAUGCCCGUCUCCAAGGCCAUAGGUGCCACAGUGAUUGGUGGUUCCAUCAACCAGAAUGGAAUGAUCCUGAUAGAGGCCACCCACGUGGGAUCUGACACCACCCUGUCACAGAUUGUCAAACUGGUGGAGGAGGCACAAACUUCAAAGGCCCCCAUACAGCAGCUGGCUGACAUGUAGGGUGGGUAUUUUGUUACAACAAUAUAUUUACUUUAUUUUUUAAUCCUUUUUGAUUUGGGAGUCUUUUUCUUUUUUCAGGAUGAUGGCUCAAUGUCAAAAGAUGAGGUGAUAUUUCAGAAGGCUUUUCAGUAUGCCAUCACUGUGCUGAGUAUUGCCUGUCCCUGUGCCCUCGGCCUGGCCACCCCCACAGCGGUGAUGGUGGGAACCGGUGUAGGGGCCACCAACGGUAUACUGAUCAAGGGCGGGGAGCCCCUGGAAUUGUCUCACAAACUGAAGUGCAUUGUGUUUGACAAGACGGGAACAGUAACUCAUGGAGUUCCUCGAGUUGCCAGGGUAGCGAUGUUUGUAGAGAAUUCUGUUUGCUCCUUUAUUAAACUGAUAGCCAUAGCAGGAACAGCUGAGACAAGCAGUGAACAUCCACUGGCCUCGGCCAUUGUAAAGUAUGCCAAGCAGACUUUGAAGACAGAGACCUUGGGUAAGACCCAGGGGUACCAGGCGGUGCCAGGGUGUGGACUGAAAUGUACGGUGACCCAGAUUGAUGGUCUUCUGACGGAUAUAGAUCUGGAGGGGGUCAAUAACAGGAAGAACCUGAUGGGGAGCACACGGGUCAAGACCGAUAACGUCCUGUUUGACGGGGAGGAAAUUAGUGCCACUAUAGAGGAGAGUAGUUUGGUUGGGGCCAUUGCUUCUACACCCUACAAGGUUCUGAUAGGAAAUCGGGAGUGGAUGACAAGAAACGGCCUGACAGUGACCUACAAAAUGGACGAAACAAUGACUGAGCAUGAGAACCAGGGACAAACAGCCAUUUUAUGUGCUAUUGAUGAUGUGAUAAUUGCUAUGCUGGCUAUAGCUGACACAGUGAAGUCGGAGGCCCACCUGGCCAUCAGUACACUGAAGGAUAUGGGACUACAGGUUGUUUUGCUGACAGGUGACAAUCAAAAAACAGCCAGGGCUAUUGCCAGACAGGUUGGAAUUCAUAAAGUAUUUGCUGAAGUGUUGCCCUCUCACAAGGUAAAAAAGAUCAAACAGCUUCAGAAGCAGGGAAUGAAGGUAGCCAUGGUAGGAGAUGGUGUGAACGACUCGCCGGCUCUGGCACAAGCAGACGUGGGAAUCGCCAUAGGAACAGGAACAGAUGUAGCCGUGGAGGCCGCAGAUGUGGUACUCAUCAAAAAUGACCUAGUAGAUGUAGCUGCAGCUAUUCAGCUCUCAAAGAAGACUGUUCGCAGAAUCCGCAUUAACUUCUUCGCUGCUUCCAUUUAUAAUCUGGUUGGCAUUCCUAUAGCUGCUGGAAUCUUUGUUCCCUUCGGCCUGUCAAUGAAGCCCUGGAUGGCCUCAGCUGCGAUGGCGUUAUCCUCAGUUUCUGUUGUCUUGUCUUCCUUACUUCUCAAAACUUUCAAGAAGCCAUCAAAGGAUAAAAUGCUAACCCAGAAAUACUAUGCUAAGUUUGCUGCUGACCAGGAGCUGGAUAACAUUUCUGUUCAUCGUGGGGUGGAGAGUCUGCCAUCAAGUCGCGAGGGAAGUAAACAGGGUAGUAUCAUAUCGCGCCUCAGUGGAAGAAAGAAGCCAACCGGCCCAGACCACACAAGUCUGCUGGAGAUGGGAGACAACUCUGACUCUGAUUCCAGUGAACAUAUGGAGUAGUGGUCUCUACACAACAUUAUCAGAGGAAGGUCUAUAAACAGAUUCUUAUAUUGACUGCGCAUUUUGUUAUCAAUAUUUUUGUUUCACUUAUACAUACAGGUUGAUAUGCUGAUGCAAUAUUUUUACUUGCACUAGCAAAACAGUUUAAUAUUACAAACUCAUUAUUGUUGUUUUAAUAUUACAUGUAUUU